GGUCCGGGUAACUGGUCAGACCGUGUCAACAUUAAUAUGUUGUUCGUUUUGACAAAAUAAGAAGCAAAUACGUCUUACAAGAUAGUGCGAAUAGUUUUUAAAAGUGUAUAAUUUUCUUAUAAUAUAAUAAUAUACCUUACACGUUUGGUUAUAGUCCCUAAGUUUAGUUCUAUCUUCAGUUUUAUUUCGGCGUUUUCAAAGGAAACACAGGCUAAAAGACCGGCCGACAGGCCCAUUUAGGAAAUUAGAAGCCCACUAGUAAAGUGAUUUAUUGCCAGUUAACAUAAAUUAGCAUAUUGGUCAAGAAUGGUAAAAAAGAUCACCAAUACAAUAUUAUACAGCAAAUGGAAAAGAGGCUAAAUCGUGUACGACAAACCUGCAUGUGCUAACAUAUUACAAUAUCGUUUAUAGAAUUUCGAUAGCCCAAGCUAACUCAUAGGGCAAGUACAACACUCGAAGACUUUGUGCAGCUUCAAUAGCGAUGGAAGUAAAAGCGUUAAUAUUACCAAAGCAGAGCGCAAUCGAUCAAAUGUACAACAAAUUGGGUACGUCCGAGGCUAAAAUCGCUAUCGACGUGAAAAUUCUCAAGGAAUGGAUGCGAAAACAGCCUCACCUUCCGAACCCAGACGACGGCGAAAAGACAGUCGACGAAAAGCGGAUCAAAAUGUUUUUGAUCUUGUGCAAAAACAGUAUGGAGAAAACCAAAGUAAAGUUGGACCAGCAUUACACCGUAAAACGCUCAGCGCCAGAAUACUUCUCCAAGUGGGAUCCGACUUCGCCGGAGUUGAUUCAAUCAAUGAAACUAUCUUUUUUCGUCCCAUUACCAAACCCUACACACGAGGGUCACAGAGUUGUCCUAUAUAGUGCUAGGACUGCAGAAGAUGUCGAUAAAUUUGUAUAUGAUGAUUUCAUUAAAUCAUGCUUUAUAACUUAUGAUCUGAGAAUCGCUCAUUUGGACACCUGUAAAAAAGAUAUCUACAUAUUAGACACGAUCAAUUUGUCAAUGAAUCACAUGACUGUAUUUUUACUAAAUGUGAAGAAAACUAUUGAAUGCAUGUUUGCGGCAUAUCCAACGCGGAUACACGAAAUUCACAUAGUUAACAAAAAAAGCUUUUUACAGCCAUUGUUAAAUAUAGUAAUAAGGCUUUUGAAAAAAAAAAUCUCCAACAGGAUUUUUAAUCACAACUCCAUUGAAGAACUGAAAAAUUACAUCGAUCCUAGUAUUCUCCCACUUAACUACGGAGGAAGUUAUCCAAAGACAUCCGACGAAGUGAUAGAUGAGUGGUAUGUUGAAUUAACGAAGCACCGAGAAUGGCUUAUAGCCCAAGAGUCAAUUGUUGCAGAUAAAAGUAAACGCCCAAAAAACUCCAAUACUAACUUGGAUAGUUUUAAAAACGCAACCGAAGGUUCAUUCAGGAAAUUAGAAGUCGACUAGCAAAGAUACAUUACCGGUUGACAUAAAUUAUCUAUUAUGCAUUAUUUUACAUAUUUUACAUAAUAUUAGUGCAUGUAAAUGCACUAAUAUGCAUAAUAACGCAUGAUGGUUUCUUGUUUUAUUCUGUACUUAAUUUUAAAUUGU